UCAGACUCGCGCACUCGACCCUCUGCGUUCAUGGGUUCCGGCGCUGAGGCUGACUUGAAAAUCACUCCAAAUGGCGGAACUCCUCUCGGGUUGAGUUCUGCCGAGGGGGCGUCCCUUGUCCUGGUUUCCGAAAAGUUCAAUGGAACCAAUUAUCGUGAGUGGGCCCAGAGUGUUCGACUGGCUGUUGGAGGCCGCGGGAAGCUGGGUCUUAUCUCAGGUACAUCCAAACCACCAGACGCGUCAGACUCGGCUGCCUUGGUGAAGUGGGAGACCGACAAUUCCCUGGUGGCUUCUUGGUUGGUUAACUCUAUGACCCCUCAAAUCAGACGGUCCUUUAUGUUUCUCCCGACAGCACGGGAUAUCUGGGACGCAGUCAAGGAGUCUUACUCGGAUGGGGAAGAUGGUGCUCGAAUCUAUGAUCUCAAAACUCGAAGUUGGCAGAUCAAACAAGGUGAGCGUGAUCUUACGGAAUUCUGGUUGGAGUUAGUUUCAGUGUGGCAAGAGAUUGAUCUCAACAUAGAAACCGAGUGGUCUUGUCCGAGUGAUGCAGCACGGUAUAAGAGGCUUAUUGAAGAUGAGCGAGUAUUCCAAUUUUUGGCUGGUCUUCAUCAAUCAUUAGAUGAUGUUCGUAGUCGCAUACUGGCUCGCUCUCCUCUACCAUCUACUCGGGAUGCAUUUGCUGAGGUUCGUCGUGAGGCGUCUCGACGCAAGGUGAUGUUACCUGGAAUUUCAUCAACCCUUCCUUCAUCUGAGGUGUCUGCUUUAGUGAGCCGACAAUCGGAUCAAGGCCAAAAGGAAUCAAGAGGAAAGGUUGUUUGUGAGCAUUGCAGAAAGACAGGCCAUUCAAAAGAUAAAUGUUGGGACCUCCAUGGAAAACCACCUGAUUGGAAACCACGUAAAGGUAAAUCUCGUGGCUAUCAAACUACUUCUGAUUCUACUUCAGACAAAUCUGGUUCUGCUCCAGACAAAUCGGGUACCUUGCCUAUCAUCGACAAGGAUCAGUUAAAUAAGCUUCUAGAGAUGCUCCAUAGUUUACAAUCCAACCAGUCGCCUCCAUCUCAUAAUGCUUCCGUUGCUAAGCAAGGAUCUCUCAUCGGGGAGGAUGAUUGGCAGUGCUGAGGAGUGUGAUGGGCUCUACUACCUUGAUGAAUCAACCGUGAGUAAUCUAUGGUCCUGAAUCUACUGCAACCUUGUGACUACUUCUGAACAAGCUGAUCUUUUGUUAUGGCAUAAAAGAAUGGGUCAUCCCAAUGUCCAAUAUUUGAGUCAUUUGUUUCCAAAUUUUUCAUCUAAUAAAAUUUCUAAUUUUCAUUGCGAUAUUUGUGAAUUAGCCAAACAC